GUCAUUGUUCUCGAUCAGGACCAUCAUCAUCAUGCAACCUACUCCUUGGUCCAAAGCUGCAGGCUCUCUGCCUUCUGACCGUCUACCACGUCCUGCGCAACGCCCACAACAUGUCUCCCAAAAACAAAGCAAAGGUAAAGGUAAAAACCAAGAACCUUCCAAAAGCAAGGCGAUCCGUAAGCUCGAAUCUCUUGCCGAGGGCGUUCGCAAGUCGUCCGGCAGAGAGAAGGAUCCGAAGGGCGGAUGUUUCUGCCAAGCAAGAGAGCAUGACCUUUCCCCAUACACCGCCAUAUGCCGCAGUUGCGGAUUAAUCCUAUGUGCUAUCAACUUGCCCUACUACGCAUGCCCGCACUGUUCUGCAGUGCUCCUCUCAGACAUUCUGCGUUCCUCGCUGUCUGCCCGAUUUGAUGAGGAGAUAUCCAAGCAAGUAGCAAAAGAGGAAGAGGGGAGGUUGCGAGUCGUCCAGCAAGCACGCGAUGCGGAGGGCGCGUUCCCUGUUCUCCCUGGUUCCACACCACCGGUUUUGUCGAGCACGCCUUCUCGUCCCACAGCACAGACGCACAAAGUAUUAUCUCUGAACUCCAAGACGAAGAAAUACACGGUUUCAUCAUACACGAACACCCCUGUCUCGUCCCGUCCGGCAUCUCGUGCUGAGUCUGAGGUUGAAGAGGUUCACAGAGUUGGGGCGCCUCCCCCGGAGGUUGACUUUGUGAAGAGGACACCUGAUCGAAAUCAUCCGUGGAGCAAUAUGCGUAUGGAAUUGCUUUAUGUUCCCGUGAAAUAACAAGCUGGCGGUGCUAAGGAGGUUGCAAGGCCCCUUGUUAACUUACAUAUAGCAGAGGGUCAAUAAUAGGUCGAGGUAGCGUAAAAUACAGUAUACCAGUGCCACUCGGUUAUACAGAUACA